GGAAGCUUCCCUACAUUGAAGUUUUCGCGAUGGUCGCUUUCUUGAUUUCGUUGACCAAAAGAAAUAGAAUAAACAAAAAUAAUGAGAAUCCUAUUUUUUAACCUAACAAUUAAACAAGGAAUAAGAGUAAGAUAAAAGAAACAGGCAAGGAGAAGAAGGUUCGGUAAGUCUUCUUCCUUCACCAAUGGCGGAUCCUGGUACUGCCAGUUUCUUGACAAGAGCCAAUGCCUUGCUUCGGAAAAACUUAACCUAUCAGAAACGGAACAUAUGGAGCAACGUUCGGCUUAUCAUGAUUCCUUUCUUCCUCUGUCUAAUUCUAGUGGCCUUUCAAAUCCUGUUCGAUACAGUGGUUAACAACUCUGAUGAUAACCGUUGUGGUUGUCAAUGUAUUCUCACCAAUCAAAAUGGCAAUUGCUUAAACAAGACUUGCGGUAUAGAAUUUUCGACUUCGGAUCAAGCAUUCUUUUGCUCCAUGUCUAGUCCUCCAAGAUGGCCUCCGUUGUUACAAGUCCCGCGUCCUGAAAGCCGUGCUGUUAAUGCUACUUUCCUUCCGGACAUGGGCCUACCUGAUGAAACUUGUAGAAGAAAAGGAACUUGUCCUGUUACCAUACUUUUUACUGGGAAUAACCAUUCCCUUGGAGCAAGUUUAUUAAGGAAUCUGCUACCUAGUUCUGUUACAGUGAACACCUCUGAUCCCUUGCAGGGUUUAGCCUAUAAUGUUUUGGGUACUGAGAUAGAGUCAGAGCUCACCAAUUAUCUUGAUCCAGGGAUUUCGUCAAAUCUUUCAAUCUACAAUAUCCAAUCUAGUUGCAAUUCAAACGCUACGUUUCCGUUGCUCUCAUUUGGAGACGAACCUCUCAAUUUUCAGAGAGAGCUUACAUGUGCUCAAGGAUUGAAUCUCUGGCGAAAUAACUCCAGAGAGGUCAAUGAUGUGUUAUUCAAAGGUUAUCGGAAAGGAAAUUUCGAGGGGAAAACAAAUGAGAUUGCUGCAGCAUACGAUCUUUUGAACACGGAUAGGAACAACUUCAAUGUGCACAUCUGGUACAAUUCAACAUACAACAACAGCACAGAUGAUAGGCCUUUAAGGUUGCUUCGAGUUCCUGGCUUGGUCAAUUUGGUGUCAAAUGCUUACCUUCAUUUUCUGCAAGGCCCUGGAACAAAAAUGUUGUUCGAAUAUGUCAAAGAAGUGCCUAAACUAGAAAGUAGACUUCGUCUAGACAUCGCGUCUCUUAUUGGACCUCUUUUCUUCACUUGGGUUAUUCUUCUUCUGUUCCCAGUGAUCUUGUCGUCAUUGGUGUAUGAGAAACAAGAGCAUCUAAGAAUCAUAAUGAAAAUGCAUGGGCUAGGAGAUGGUCCUUAUUGGAUGAUUACCUAUGCUUACUUCCUUUCCAUAUCCAUGCUGUACUUUAUAUGCCUGAUAAUAUUUGGGUCAGCAAUAGGACUCAAUUUCUUUCGGCUUAAUGACUAUAGCAUCCAGUUCACUUUCUAUUUUCUUUAUGUAAACCUGCAAAUUGCACUUUGCUCUCUAGUUUCUUCAAUAUUUUCAAAGGUCAAGACAUCAACAGUUGUUUCGUACAUAUACGUGUUUUUAUCUGGACUUGUGGGCACGUUUCUACUCCAGUUUCUUAUUGAAGACUCAUCGUUUUCUAGAGGCUGGAUUAUUGUCCUGGAGUUAUUUCCCCCUUUCUCCUUAUACCGUGGACUGUAUGAAUUUGGAGAAUUUGCUUUCCGGGGAAACUUGAGAGGGGGUGAUGGGAUGAAGUGGAAAGAUUUUAGUGAUAGUGCAAUGGAUGAAUUGUUCAUCAUCAUUAUUGUUGAGUGGUUUCUAGCACUCAUUGCAGCAUACUAUAUCGAUAAGAUUGUUUCAUCAGGAAAAGAUCCGUUGUUCUUCUUUAAAAGCCUUCUCAAGAAAUCACCUUCUAUGAGAAGGCCUAGUUUGCAGAGGCAAGGCUCCAAAGUUGUUGUUGAAAUGGAAAAACCAGAUGUCAAUCAAGAGAUAGAAAAAGUCGAGCAGUUGAUGCUUGAGCCGAGCACAAGCCAUGCGAUUGUUUGUGACAACCUGAAGAAGGUGUAUCCAAGUAGGGAUGGGAACCCGCCGAAGUUGGCAGUGCGUGGGCUAUCCCUCGCUGUACCUUCAGGAGAAUGCUUUGGCAUGUUGGGACCUAACGGUGCUGGCAAAUCAUCUUUCAUCAAUGUGAUGACUGGGCUCCUGAAACCAACAUCCGGAACAGCGCUUAUUCGAGGUUUGGAUAUAUGCAAUGAUAUGGACAGAGUAUACACCAGUAUGGGCGUCUGCCCGCAGCAUGAUUUGCUAUGGGAGACGCUGACAGGAAGAGAGCAUCUGCUGUUUUAUGGGAGACUUAAGAAUCUCAGAGGCUCUGAGCUCAAACAAGCUGUAGAAGAGUCUCUUAAGAGUGUCAACCUUUUCCACGGGGGAGUUGCUGAUAAACCUGCUGGGAAAUACAGCGGAGGUAUGAAAAGGCGGCUGAGCGUUGCCAUUUCGCUUAUCGGAAAUCCUAAGGUGGUUUACAUGGAUGAGCCAAGCACAGGACUUGAUCCAGCCUCAAGAAAGAAUCUAUGGACUGUCAUCAAGCGUGCAAAACAAAACACUGCCAUCAUCCUCACAACCCACUCAAUGGAAGAAGCAGAAUUUCUUUGUGACCGACUUGGGAUUUUCGUAGACGGAAGCUUGCAAUGCAUAGGCAACCCAAAAGAGCUGAAAGGAAGGUAUGGUGGAUCUUACGUGUUUACAAUGACAACAUCUUCAGAACACGAGGGAAACGUGGAGAAGCUGAUUCAAGAUGUCUCCCCAAGCGCCAAGAAGAUAUAUCACAUCGCAGGGACCCAGAAGUUUGAGCUCCCAAAGGAAGAGGUUCGGAUCUCAGAGGUGUUUGAGGCGGUUGAGAAGGCUAAGAGCAACUUUACGGUCUUUGCUUGGGGACUCGCAGACACAACUCUUGAAGAUGUCUUCAUCAAGGUUGCUAGAACGGGUCAAGCUUUUAAUGUCUUCUCUUGAUUGGGGGUGAUUCAUAAAACGUCAAUAUUUGUUUGUGCAUUUAAAAAUUGCUACUUUAUGAUUUUGUGUAUAAUUUAUCAGAAAAUAUCUAUCUUAUUAAAACAAAAAUAUUGUGUUGGACCUAAUA